AUGUCUGAUCAGUGGUUACUUUAAGGUUACUUUUUCAACAGUUUACGAAUGGUUCAUAUUGUAAACUUAACAUUAUUUACAUUGUACAAUUGUAUUUACCUGUACAAAUUACUUCGUUUUAAGUUAGAUAAUGGAACCACUAAUGGAAAUUCCACAACACAAGUGGCCCGAACUUCGAGAUCUCUAUCGAAAUAAAUGGCCGGAAGCAGCGGAAGGAUACUGCUUUCUGGACACGCAAAUAUCUUGUCCAGGCCUGUCUGAAGAAUUCAAUAUUGUGAUCUAUAGUCCUCAAGGUGAUAUCCGUAACGGAACAAUAGUUGUUAGUGACACGGAAGGAAAAAGUCAAAUUAAAACCAUCUUGACCAGUAAACUUCUCACAUCGGGAGAAACCCAGUAUUCUGCAGAAAAGUACCAAAUAUACAUAUACCCAAUAAAUGAUGAGUUGGCAGCCAUAGAAGACUCUUUACUUAAUACUAAAAAAAUAGAUUGGAAUCGAACUAUGAUUACAGUAGCCUCUGUUAAACCGAAUACCUUAGAAUGUCUAACAAGAGUGUGCAAGAAACUAAAUGUGAAUAUGGAAUUUGACAACGACGUUCUUGAUUAUAUUCUAGAUAAAAAUGCACCACGUUAUGAUAUCAGUUGUCCAGAUAAUACAUAUGUGGGACCACUGAAAGAGGAAUACAUUGACACCAUCGACAAAGCAUGGACUUUUAGAAGCACUACAUCUUCCAUAUAUUUUAGAAGACUAAUGGAGAACAAUUUAAAUUAUGUUUUGUAUACAAACGAUCACGAACCCAUUGCAUGGAUCAACAUUGAUGAAUGUGGAGCUCUCUCGCAUCUCUACUGCAUAGAAUCCCAGAGAAACAAGGGUUAUGGCGAGUUCAUCACUAAGAUAGCCUUAAACGACAUGUUAAGUAAAGGAAGAUAUGUGCUUGUUUAUACUUUAGGAAAAAAUUACAAGCCACAAAAAAUGUUCACCAAGUUAGGUUUCAAACUCAUAGGCCAGGUUUCUUGGGUUUUCUUAUCAAGGCAUAAAAAUAUUGAUAAAACUUUAAUAUGAAUAAGUAGUUCAUUGCCUGAUUGAUUGAUAAUUUACUAAGUAGACAUAUUUAUGUUUGUAUACAGACAAAUUUUUAUUUAUGUGACAAUAUAAUACGGAUUAAGCAAAAUUUCAUUUCAAUACUUUGUAGUGAAACCAGGAUUUUGCCCUUGUUUACAAUGUAUGAACCAAUUUGUUGUACGUUCAACUCAAUUCAACAAUGUUAACAAGUUACUUGUAGCUUUUAAAAUACGUCUGAAUAAAUAAACUACAUUUUGAAAAUCAAAUUGGUGUUACUUUUCUAUUCUCUAUUUUAUUUCAUAAUUAAUAUUUAUUUAAUAUAAAUGUGAAAGUUAGUGCGUUCAUCUUCAACAAUUAAAAAAACAUUAUAAGGUUUAGUAUAAAAAUAAAAUUAAUAGACA